AGCCGCCGCGGGAGCCCGGGAGGGGGGCGGAGGCGAGAGGAGGCGGCGGCCGCGGCCCGCGCACCAUUCGCUCCACCUGAUCUCGGGCGCUGUGCGCUGAGCCGGGCGCAGGCGAGCAGGAGCAGAAGGAGGGAGGGAGGCAGCCGCUGCAGCCACCGCCGCCACCAUGUCCUACCAAGGCAAGAAGAACAUCCCGCGGAUCACGAGUGACCGUCUUCUUAUCAAGGGAGGCAGAAUCGUCAAUGAUGAUCAGUCUUUUUAUGCUGAUAUCUACAUGGAGGAUGGGUUAAUAAAGCAAAUUGGAGACAAUCUGAUUGUCCCUGGAGGUGUGAAGACCAUCGAGGCCAAUGGGAAGAUGGUGAUUCCUGGAGGCAUUGAUGUCCACACUCAUUUCCAGAUGCCCUACAAGGGAAUGACCACGGUGGAUGACUUCUUCCAAGGGACAAAGGCAGCCUUAGCGGGUGGCACCACCAUGAUCA